UGCGGCGCGGAAGGGGGUGUCCGGUGGGAGGGGUGCGAAGGCGGCACGGGAGAAGCUGAGGCCACCGCGUUUCCGGUGUCGCCUUGUCGCCGUGUGAAGACUGCCAGGACAAGCCAUCGGCCGUGGCCCAGGGAGAACCAGCGGCCCACGCGGCCCGGGCAUGGAAGCGGAGGCCGCGAGCAGCUAUUCCCUUGAGCAAGCUCAAGCUUUUCACCCGUUUCCAUAUCAACCAGCGAUGGCUGAAGCUCUUCACCUGGCAGUCCCGGCAACAGCAACAGAACAGCAGAUGCCAGCAGAAGCCCCUGCCCCAGCUCCUGCGCAGGAGCCCAUGAAAGAGACUCCAAGGGGAAGGAAGAGAAAAGCCAAGGCACCAGAACCCGCAGCACCUGCGGCACCCGCAGCACCCGCCGAACCCAAGAAACCUGCCAGGUCCAAAAAAUCCACCAAGUCCGCAAAGUCCAACGAAAAGCAAGAGAAAAUUACAGACACGUUUAAGGUGAAAAGGAAAGUGGACCGUUUCAACGGUGUGUCUGAGGCGGAACUUCUGACCAAGACACUCCCUGAUAUUUUGACCUUCAAUCUGGACAUCGUGAUAAUUGGCAUAAAUCCAGGCCUCAUGGCUGCUUACAAAGGGCAUCAUUACCCCGGACCUGGAAACCAUUUUUGGAAGUGUCUGUUCAUGUCGGGGCUGAGCGAGGUCCAGCUCAACCACAUGGACGACCACACGCUGCCCGGCAAGUACGGCAUUGGCUUUACCAACAUGGUGGAGAGGACGACACCGGGCAGCAAGGACCUCUCCAGUAAAGAAUUUCGUGAAGGAGGACGUAUUCUAGUACAGAAAUUACAGAAAUAUCAGCCACGCAUAGCGGUGUUUAAUGGAAAAUGUAUUUAUGAAAUUUUUAGUAAAGAAGUUUUUGGAGUAAGGGUUAAGAACUUGGAAUUUGGGCUUCAACCUCACAAGAUUCCUGACACAGAAACUCUCUGUUACGUCAUGCCAUCGUCCAGCGCCAGGUGCGCACAGUUUCCCCGUGCCCAGGACAAGGUUCACUACUACAUUAAGCUGAAGGACCUGCGGGACCAGCUCAAGGGCAUCGAGCGGAACACGGACGUGCAGGAAGUGCACUAUACAUUUGACCUGCAGCUUGCCCAAGAGGAUGCAAAGAAGAUGGCCGUGAAGGAGGAGAAGUACGACCCGGGAUACGAGGCUGCCUACGGCGGUGUGUACAGCGAGAACCUGGGCAGUAGCGAGCCGUGCAGCCUCACCUCCAACGGGCUAGCCGGCAGUGCUGAGUUCAGAGGAGAGUCGGCGUUCAAUGACGUCCCGAAUGGGCAGUGGAUGCCUCAGCCUUUCCUGGACCAGACCCCGCCUUUGGCCGCCCGCCCUGGACCGCAGGAGCUGGAGGAAGGGGGCCACGCAUGAGGACAGAGCUGUGCUGCCUGCUGCUGCAGCUCUGGAGCAGCUCUCGAGGCUGCCUCGGUUCCUGACUGACGCGUGUCAGUCAUGCUUGCUCUAGAGCUGUAACCCCGGCGCGGCAGAGCCGUGCGAUAGGAUCAGCUUUGUGGACCUGAGUAGCUGGGAGGGAGGAACAGGGGCUUUUGUAUGUGUUUUUGUAUUUGAACUAGCUAUCAUCCCAGCUUUUUAUAUACUAUAUUUCCUUUAUGAAGAAAUCAAUUUUCUUGUGGGUAUCACCCUCUAUCUGUAAUUUUAAAAUUCAGCAGCUUGACUGGGCGUGGUGGUGCCUGCCUGUAAUCCCAGCCUCUUGGGAGGCUGAGACAGGAGGAUUGCUGUGAGUUCAGGGCCAGUCUGGACUGCAUAGUGAGACCCAAUGCAUCAGCCUGAGUAUUUAUACUGGAUCCUAACUGUGUAUACCUCACAAGGCCAUUGCCCUUCUUGCCCAAGAUGGGCAUCUGGCUGGGCUACACUGGGGAGAGGCAGGUGUGUGGCCGUAUGGCAGGGACUCACUUCUUAGUGUCUGGCGUGGACAGGUGAGCGCAGGCCUGCCCAGCUAAUGUUCACACAAGGGCCACUGUCCUUCCCCAUGGCCUGUCUGUGAUAGUGGCUAGAGUGAAACCCAAUGUGGUGUUGCCACACCCAGGCUAAGCUGGCCCUGCAGACAGGACCCAACCCCGUGUGCUAAUCCCCCAGCAGGCACGCAUCUGCCAAGCCACAGGAGGCCAGCCACGCUGCUGCUCUGUAGCUCCAGAGCACGGGCUUGCUGGGGAGGAGCCGGGCUCGGCCACCGCUGUCUCCUGGGGUCUUACCCUCCGUGGUGUCUUUGGUCACGAUGUGGACCAUGGUAAGAACUCCAGGCUGAGCCACAAGGUGCUACAGGUGUCCUGAUAAUCUUAUUUAAACAGGUGCUUUGUGUACAUGGGAUGUACUAAAUUAAAUAGGUGUAUUUCUGCUACAUCAGUAUAACCAGUAAUUUAAAAGCUCACUGUGCGCCCUUGCUGUUUGCUGCCGUGGCCACAGUGAACCUCUCAGAAAGGUGGGCCUCUGUACCUUUGUGAACUUCUGAUGCGUUUUCCAUGGUGCUACAGACAGUCCAGCCCCCAAGCCUAGUGGCUCUCAGAGCUGGCGAUUCAGAGAUUGCGUUCGCACUUGCUCUGACGCGGCCUGUGUCCUGGCUGUGUGCGGCAGGUGCCUACUUUUGGGCAGUGUGAGAGCUCUGUGGGGAUCCUUUGCCCCAGGAGAGGAUAGCCUGUGUUGUAUUUAUAGUAAGAGAAACGCAACCUUGUUACAAAUCUUACCAUGCUUUUUAGCUAUAGCAAGGAUGGAUUGUAUUUUUCUUUGUAUGGGUCACACUGUGUGUAAGUUGCUCAUGUUAUUUAAAUGAUGCACUGUGCUGCUGUUUACGUGGGUUAUCAGAGUUUCGAGUGGCCCUCAUCAGAGACUGGGGGAGGGGCAUUUGUCUCCAGGCUAAGCGGGGCCGUGCCAGUGCCACUUGGUGCGUCCUGCCUGGGCCCUGCCCUAGGCCCCUGCUGGGGCGCAGAAGGUGCCUUCCAAUCUCGACAGCCACUCGCCAGCGUGGGGUUCGGGCUUCCCAAGCUUACAGUCACGAUGGGUUCACCCAACAGGACGGGUGACCAGAAAGGCUGAUGUACCUGUAUGUGACGGUAUGAGACUUUUUCAUUAAAUAAUACUAAGUUUUAAAUUCAUUUGAAAGUCUGGUGGUUUCUACCAUAAAAAUACCAAUAGUGGUUAUCCCUAAGCUAUAGGCUUUUUCUGUAUCAAGACUUAAUGGCGUUCUUUCCGCUUUUAGUGCUGACUGAGGUUCAUCUCCUGUUUAAUGUGUAAAGUGAUAUACACGAGGAAAUCAUAAAAAUCCAUGAAUAUUUAUAUUUUUAUAGCCUUCCAUGCUUUAAAUGCAGUGGUUUUGAUAAAAGACAAGGUUGGUAACCUGUUUCAAAACAUUAUACCCAGGGCCAGGAGAUGGUUCAGUGGAAUAAGUGCUUCCCUGGCAAGCGCAAGGGCUUGAGUUCAAUCCCCAGUUCUGGAAAAAAUUAAAAAAAAAAUUAUACCCAGAUGUGAAAAAUACGUUUGGAAAUUUGAAGGUUGGAUGGGUGUAACUGACAUUCGGUGUCGGGCCGAUGGGCGCCGCUCUCCAGAC